AUGGAUGACAAGGAAAAUGAAACAAUUAUUAAAUAUUUUUCACAAAUUCGUCAAGAGGAACCGGACACGUCUGUAGCAAUUGCAGCCAUUCGUACAUUAUUAGAUGUUAUCAAACGUUCAAAUGCCGGUACAAUAAGUGAAUUAUCAAUACAAUUAAAACAUUCUCAACAAUUAUUGUUAACACAAACCGAUUCUUCUAUGCCAAGCGUUAAAUCUGGAUGUGAACUAUUUUUAAGAUAUAUAACAUUAGCAAAAUUCGACUCAUUUGCUAUUAAUGAAUGUCGUAAACAAUUAAUUGAACGUGGACAAUUGUUUCUUGAACGUACUCUGAAUUCUCGUCAACGCAUAGCCGAAUAUGGCCAAGAAUUUAUUGUUGAUGGUAGUGUUAUAUUGACGCACUCUUAUUCUCGAGUUGUUCUAGCUUUACUCAAAUAUUCAUCAAAAUUUUGUCGAUUUCGUGUGUUUAUAACUGAAUCUAGUCCGGAUAAAUCCGGUUUACGUAUGCGUGAUGAAUUAGAACAAUUAGGUAUUCCAUCAAUUUGUAUUUUGGAUGCGUGUGUGGCGUAUAUUAUGGAACAAGUAAAUUUUGUUUUGGUUGGUGCAGAAGCAGUAGUGGAAAGUGGUGGUAUUAUUAAUAAAAUUGGAACAUUUAAUAUGGCUGUAUUAGCAAAGGAAAUGAAUAAACCAUUUUAUGUUGCUAGUGAAUCAUUUAAAUUUGUUCGUUAUUAUCCAUUAAAUAAUCGUGAUUUACCUGAUCUUUUCAAAUAUAAAGCAUCAACAAUAGCAAGAUUAGGUGGAAAAAAUUUAGAAACAGAACAUCCACUUGUCGAUUAUACGCUACCAUCGUACAUCACACUAUUAUUUACCGAUAUCGGAACAUUGACACCAUCAGCUGUUUCCGAUGAAUUAAUCAAACUAUAUAUUUAA